UAUCACUAUAAGUCGAGCACCUCGAGCCCUCUCUUCCUCGCCAAUUAUCAGAUAUUCUUCACAUAUUGUUAGAUCAAAGCCUUCUUCAAGUUUCUUUCAAGAUGCAAAUCUUUGUAAAAACUCUCACCGGAAAGACAAUCACCCUUGAGGUGGAAAGCUCUGACACCAUUGACAAUGUCAAGGCCAAAAUUCAGGACAAGGAAGGGAUCCCGCCAGACCAGCAAAGGCUUAUCUUUGCUGGUAAACAACUCGAGGAUGGGCGUACACUUGCAGAUUAUAACAUCCAGAAAGAGUCAACCCUUCACUUGGUCCUCCGUCUAAGGGGUGGUAUGCAGAUCUUCGUGAAAACCCUCACUGGAAAGACAAUCACCCUUGAGGUGGAAAGCUCCGACACCAUUGACAAUGUCAAAGCCAAAAUUCAGGACAAGGAAGGGAUUCCCCCAGACCAGCAAAGGCUUAUCUUUGCCGGCAAACAACUUGAGGAUGGACGCACACUUGCUGACUAUAACAUUCAGAAAGAGUCCACCCUUCACUUGGUCCUUCGUCUCAGGGGUGGUAUGCAGAUCUUUGUAAAAACCCUCACUGGAAAGACAAUCACCCUGGAGGUGGAAAGCUCUGACACCAUUGACAAUGUCAAAGCCAAAAUUCAGGAUAAGGAAGGAAUCCCACCAGACCAGCAGAGGCUUAUCUUCGCUGGCAAACAACUUGAGGAUGGACGCACACUUGCUGACUAUAACAUCCAGAAGGAGUCCACCCUUCACUUGGUCCUUCGACUCAGGGGUGGUAUGCAGAUCUUUGUGAAAACCCUUACUGGAAAAACCAUUACCUUGGAAGUUGAGAGCUCUGACACUAUUGACAAUGUAAAGGCCAAGAUACAGGACAAGGAGGGCAUCCCACCGGACCAGCAGAGGCUGAUCUUUGCCGGUAAACAACUUGAGGAUGGUCGUACUCUUGCUGACUACAACAUCCAGAAGGAGUCAACCCUCCACUUGGUUCUUCGCCUCCGAGGUGGUAUGCAGAUUUUUGUGAAGACCCUCACUGGGAAGACCAUUACCUUGGAGGUUGAGAGUUCUGACACAAUUGACAAUGUGAAAGCCAAAAUCCAAGACAAAGAGGGUAUCCCACCAGAUCAGCAGAGGCUCAUUUUUGCUGGUAAGCAGCUUGAAGAUGGGAGGACACUUGCAGACUAUAAUAUCCAGAAGGAAUCCACACUCCACUUGGUCCUUCGUCUCCGUGGUGGUAUGCAGAUUUUUGUCAAGACCCUCACUGGUAAGACAAUCACCUUGGAGGUUGAGAGUUCAGAUACCAUUGACAAUGUUAAGGCUAAGAUCCAGGAUAAGGAGGGGAUCCCACCAGACCAGCAGAGGUUGAUUUUUGCUGGGAAGCAGCUUGAGGAUGGAAGGACCCUUGCUGAUUACAACAUUCAGAAGGAGUCCACCCUGCAUCUUGUGCUCCGUCUCCGUGGGGGUUUCUGAAUUGGUCAUAUGCAAAUCUUUGUGAAAACUCUUACUGGCAAGACCAUUACUCUUGAAGUUGAAAGCUCAGAUACUAUUGAUAAUGUGAAGGCAAAAAUCCAAGAUAAAGAAGGGAUCCCACCUGACCAGCAAAGGCUUAUUUUUGCUGGUAAACAGCUUGAGGAUGGUCGCACCCUUGCAGACUACAACAUCCAGAAAGAGUCCACUCUCCACUUGGUUCUGCGUCUCAGGGGUGGCAUGCAAAUCUUUGUGAAAACUCUCACCGGCAAAACCAUAACCUUGGAAGUCGAGAGUUCAGACACUAUUGACAAUGUUAAGGCAAAAAUCCAGGAUAAGGAAGGUAUUCCUCCGGACCAACAGAGGCUUAUCUUUGCUGGCAAACAACUUGAUGAUGGCCGAACCCUUGCAGACUACAACAUCCAGAAAGAGUCCACUCUCCACUUGGUUCUGCGUCUCAGGGGUGGCAUGCAAAUCUUUGUGAAAACUCUCACUGGCAAAACUAUCACCUUGGAAGUCGAGAGUUCAGACACUAUUGACAAUGUUAAGGCAAAAAUCCAGGAUAAGGAAGGUAUUCCUCCGGACCAACAGAGGCUUAUCUUUGCUGGCAAGCAACUUGAUGAUGGCCGCACCCUUGCAGACUAUAAUAUCCAGAAAGAAUCAACCCUCCAUUUGGUGCUCCGUCUUAGGGGUGGGAUGCAAAUCUUUGUGAAGACCCUUACUGGAAAAACUAUUACCUUGGAAGUUGAGAGUUCUGAUACUAUUGAUAAUGUGAAGGCAAAAAUUCAGGACAAAGAAGGUAUCCCACCGGACCAACAGAGACUGAUCUUUGCUGGGAAGCAGCUUGAUGAUGGCCGUACCCUUGCAGAUUAUAAUAUCCAAAAGGAGUCAACUCUCCACUUGGUGCUUCGUCUUCGUGGUGGUAUGCAAAUCUUUGUGAAGACUUUAACUGGAAAGACUAUUACAUUGGAAGUUGAGAGUUCAGAUACUAUUGAUAAUGUGAAAGCAAAGAUCCAAGACAAGGAAGGCAUUCCACCAGACCAGCAGAGGCUGAUCUUUGCCGGCAAACAGCUUGAAGAUGGAAGGACCCUUGCUGACUACAAUAUUCAGAAAGAGUCCACCCUGCACUUGGUGCUUCGUCUGCGGGGAGGCAUGCAGAUCUUCGUGAAGACCUUGACUGGAAAAACCAUCACUUUGGAAGUGGAGAGUUCAGACACCAUAGACAAUGUGAAGGCUAAGAUCCAAGAUAAGGAAGGCAUCCCACCAGAUCAGCAGAGGCUUAUCUUUGCUGGUAAGCAGCUUGAAGAUGGUAGGACCCUUGCUGACUACAACAUCCAGAAGGAGUCAACCCUUCACUUGGUCCUCCGUCUUCGUGGUGGCAUGCAAAUAUUUGUCAAGACUCUUACUGGGAAGACAAUCACUUUGGAGGUUGAAAGUUCAGACACGAUCGACAAUGUGAAGGCCAAAAUUCAAGACAAGGAGGGCAUCCCACCAGACCAGCAGAGGUUGAUCUUUGCUGGCAAGCAGCUUGAAGAUGGAAGGACCCUUGCAGAUUACAAUAUUCAGAAGGAAUCCACACUGCACUUGGUGUUGAGGCUGCGUGGAGGAAUGCAGAUCUUUGUCAAGACCCUGACAGGAAAAACCAUCACCCUGGAGGUUGAGAGCUCGGACACCAUUGAUAAUGUUAAAGCUAAAAUUCAGGAUAAGGAAGGAAUUCCUCCUGAUCAGCAGAGGUUGAUCUUUGCUGGGAAGCAACUGGAGGAUGGGCGCACUUUGGCUGAUUACAAUAUCCAGAAGGAGUCUACUCUGCAUCUUGUCCUUCGCCUCCGCGGUGGUUAAUAUGGUUUCUAUGCAUGGGUCUCUUGUUUCGGUAGGCUUGUGGUGGUUUCGUUUGUGUGUGUGUUGAACUUUGUGACCAAUUUUAAUGGUUUUGGAAUAAGUGUCGAAGCUAUGUUAUAUUUUAAUGCCUUUUAUAUUUUCGUACUCUUUUACAAUGACGUGAAAAUGGCCUUCUAUGAGGUGAAGGUCACACUUUGGUUUAAUAAAUAAGUUUUCUUCA